UUGCUACUUCCCUUUAUCAUUUUUAACUAGUAAAUAAACGGAAAACAUUACUCCACAGCUCCAAUUCCUUUCUUCUUCUACUCGAUUUCGCUCAAAACCCCUCUCUCUCUCUCUCUCUCUCUCUCUCUCUCUGCAAAUUUCGUCUCAGAGUUUCAGAUGUCUAUCUUCGAGUACAAUGGAAGUGCCUUAGUGGCAAUGGUUGGGAAAAAUUGCUUCGCAAUUGCUAGUGAUCGAAGAUUAGGGGUUCAACUUCAAACAAUUGCCACUGAUUUUCAGCGUAUUUACCAAAUUCACGAUCGUCUUUUCAUCGGUCUCUCUGGUCUCGGCACCGAUGCUCAGACUCUAUAUCAGAGGCUUGUGUUUCGGCACAAAUUGUAUCAUCUGAGGGAGGAGAGAGAUAUGAAACCUGAAACAUUUGCUAAUCUCGUCUCCGCCAUUUUAUAUGAGAAAAGGUUUGGCCCAUACUUUUGCCAGCCCGUGAUUGCUGGAUUAGGUGAUGAUGACAAGCCAUUCAUUUGCACAAUGGAUUCAAUUGGGGCCAAGGAGCUUGCUAAAGAUUUUGUUGUUGCUGGGACUGCAUCCGAAUCUCUUUAUGGUGCUUGUGAGUCCAUGUACAAGCCUGACAUGGAACCUGAAGAUUUGUUCGAGACAGUCUCCCAGGCAUUGCAGGCAUCAAUUGAUCGGGACUGUUUGAGUGGUUGGGGAGGGCAUGUGUAUCUUGUCACACCAACGGAGAUUAAGGAGAGGAUCUUGAAGGGCAGGAUGGACUGAUGACUCUCUUGAGGGCUUAUCUUUCCCGAAAUUCGCUUGUAUCUUGUUUCUGGAACGCUUUAGUUAGACUUGUAUCCGUGGAUGUUGAAUCUGAUAGGAUAUCUUUGGACAUUAGCUUGUGCCAAUGCUGGCUUCUAGUGCAUUUACUGAACAAUAUGUUACAAUUAGACAUUUCCAGACUUUUGUUCUAGUUGUCGGCAGAGUUCUGUUAAUUAAGAUGAAUUUGGUCAA